GCUGCAGUGAUACCCGGCGAAGGCUGCUGUCAAUGGAGCUGGAAAACAUUGUGGCCAACACGGUGCUGCUGAAAGCCAGAGAAGGAGGAGGAGGGAAACGUAAAGGCAAGAGCAAGAAGUGGAAGGAGAUCCUGAGAUUCCCGCACAUCAGCCAAUGCGAGGAGCUGCGCAGGAACACGGAGAGAGAUUAUUACACGCUCUGCGAGAAGCAGCCAAUCGGGAGGCUCCUUUUCCGCCAGUUCUGCGAGGCGCAGCCGGAGCUCGAAUGCCUCAUCCGCUUCCUGGAUGCUGUGGCAGAGUAUGAGGUCACCCCGGACGAAAAACUAGGAGAGAAAGGAAAGGAGAUAUUACUGAAAUACCUCACCCCGGAGUCCCCUGUUUACGUCUCGGAAGUUGGACAGGACAUCGUCCACCAGAUGGAGGAGAAGCUGGAAAUCAGUCCGUUCAAAGAUCUUUUCUUUCACUGUGCAAAAUCUGUGUUCGACUACCUGAGCGGGGAGCCUUUCCAGAGCUACCUGAACAGCAUGUACUACGACCGCUUCCUGCAGUGGAAGUGGCUGGAGAGGCAGCCCGUAACAAAGAACACAUUUCGCCAAUACCGAGUCCUGGGGAAAGGCGGCUUUGGAGAGGUGUGCGCCUGUCAGGUCAGAGCCACGGGGAAGAUGUACGCCUGCAAACGGCUGGAGAAGAAAAGGAUCAAAAAGAGAAAAGGGGAAUCGAUGGCGCUGAACGAGAAGCAGAUACUGGAGAAGGUGACCAGCAGAUUCGUGGUGAACCUGGCGUAUGCGUACGAGACGAAGGACGCGCUGUGCCUGGUGCUGACGCUCAUGAACGGCGGAGACCUGAAGUUCCACAUCUAUAACAUGGGGAACCCCGGCUUCCAGGAGGACCGGGCCUCGUUCUACGCCGCCGAGAUCCUGUGCGGCCUCGGACACCUCCACAAAGAGAGCAUCGUUUACCGAGACCUGAAACCAGAAAACAUCCUCCUCGAUGAUUACGGUCACAUAAGGAUAUCGGACUUGGGCCUCGCUGUGAAAAUCCCUGAAGGGGAGACGAUCCGCGGCCGCGUUGGAACCGUCGGGUACAUGGCCCCUGAGGUUCUCAAUAACCAGCGCUACACUUUCUGCCCCGACUACUGGGGCCUCGGCUGCCUCAUCUACGAGAUGAUCGCCGGCCAGUCCCCGUUCAGGGGCCGCAAGGAAAAGGUCAAGAGGGAGGAGGUGGACAGGAGGGUCCUGGAGACGGAGGAGGUUUACACCCAAAAGUUCUCUGAAGAGGCAAAGUCUGUGUGUAAAAUGCUGCUCACCAAAGACGUCAAGCAGAGGUUGGGGUGUCAGGAGGGGAGGGCGAUGGAGGUGAAGCGGCACCCCUUCUUCAGACUCAUAAACUUUAAACGUCUGGAAGCCGGAAUCAUGGACCCCCCGUUUAUCCCUGACCCCCGGGCCGUGUACUGUAAGGACGUCUUGGACAUAGAGCAAUUCUCAACGGUUAAAGGCGUCAACCUGGACCAAACGGACGACGAUUUCUACACAAAGUUCUCAACCGGCUCCGUGUCAAUCCCGUGGCAGACCGAGAUGAUAGAGACCGAAUGCUUCAAGGAACUGAACCAGUUUGGGCCAAACGGGACCCUUUCCCCCGACCUGAAUAGGAGUCACCCUCCGGAGCCGCCCAAGAAGAGCCUCCUCCAUCGCAUAUUUAAACGUCAGCACCAAAAUAAUUCCAACAGCUCGCCGAGCUCCUGCCUGAACCAUCACACGAGCGCAAACCACAUCAGCACCAACUCCACGGGCAGCAGUUAGUGAGAACCGGGCAGCGGUGCGGAAACCAGCGUCUGAUGAGCUGAGCCUCCUCUGCCGGUGACAGCCAGAGAGACGGAGCGCGAGACCCCUGAGCCGCUCUCGCCGGGAGAAGCCUGUCUGCGUCUUGGUGGGAUGGAGGGAGGGGAGUUGGCUUUGUCUUCGCCCAGCGAUGCCUCCCGGGUGGAUGGCGUAAGACGUUCGCUCAGGUCUGUGAUUGGACGAGGGGGGCACAGGGUCCCCCGUUAUUUAAGAUUGGCGUGGAACCCGGAAGCGAGAAAAAAUUCCACCCCCUCCAACUCUGCAAUAGAACAUUGACACCUGCAUGUAACAGACGGACAUCGCAUCAUACGCAGGGCUAGCGGCCCCCGCGCCCUGCCCCCGCGGCACCAGAGACCACGCUUCUCACACCCGCCGGAUAGCUAGGCUUUUUAUAAAAAAAAACAGCAAAAA